UAGAAAUUAAACCGACAAAAACAACAUCUGUCAAAAGUCAAACUGGAAAUUAUUUUUCGGUCAAAUUGAUGAAUUAUAAGCUCGAAUAUAUAUAAACAUUAUACAGCGAUAUAUUUGAUAAUAAAUGAGAAGUAAUAAUUGCUAAUUAUAACAAUGACUGCGGCUAAUAAUGAAUAUCCAAAGGCUUCAAAUGCCACCCUGAUAGGAGCGACCAUUACAUAUGUUGCGGGACUGUUUCUGUUGUUGUCCUUUGCUGGACCAUAUUGGAUAGAAUCAUAUUCGGGGAUGUUCUCUUCGUUUAAGCACAUGGGCUUAUGGGAAUACUGUUUUGAUCGCUUCAGAUUUCCCUCCUAUCAGUAUGAUAAGUAUUUUGAUGGGUGUCAUUAUAUUUUUGGACAAGAAUUAUAUGUCAUCCGGGAAUGGUUGCUGCCGGCAUGGUUAAUGGCAGUUCAGACAUUUGUGACACUGGCUUUGAUGUUGUCUUUCAUGGCACAGAUAUUACUGGCAUGUGUGGUUGUUCGCAUGCCACUUAGAACAGUGCUGAGAUAUGAAUGGAUAUUUGUAUCCAUUUCAUUUGUAAUGGUUGCCAUAUCUAGUGUGUUUCUAUUCCUCGCUGUUGCAAUAUUUGGAGGCAACUGCUAUCGUCGUGAUUGGUUGCUGUAUCCUUCAUUCAAUGUUCUGUCUUGGUCUUAUGCAUUUGCUGUCAUUGCCUUCAUAUUGUUUGGUUUGGCAGCAGUUCUAUUAUUUUUGGAAUCACGUAAAUUGUACGAGCUGCGAUUGGAAGCUAAAAAUCUAGUAGCUCAAAUGCAACACAGCCAGCCUGAACAUGCUUUGCAUCAGUUGCGUGAUCAGCUACAUCAACAACAACAACUUGGGUACUUUAGGAACUAAAUAUUAUAAUAUAUUCUACUAUAAACAGGUUUUAUUAACUUCAACACAAAUAUUCACAUAGUUUGAUUGUGGAAAUAGUUAACACAAUUAUUUACACUAUUUUUACCUUAUGGUGCAUUUUUUCUGAUAUAUAGUAAAUUGUGUUGGCAAUUUUUUGUGUUUGUGUAACAAAAAAAUUGCGAGUUUUCUUUUUAUAAAAAACAGCCAUAGAUAAUCUUGCAUUAGUCAAGAAUUAGGAGUCUUUAAAAUAUUAAUCAUACUAUCUGAAGACAAAACUGACUUAAACUUGUAUUUGUAGUAUUAAGAUUUAUAUACUUUAGUAAUAUUGGUAAAAUUAGGACUUGCUAUUGUAAUGUUUAAUUUUGAGUUUAAGUUUGUAUAUCACAUCAAUACUGGGAUGGCUCAAAAGAUAUUUUUUGAAGGUAUAUUUUACAGAUAAAAAUAGGAUAUUGAAUAUGAAGUGACAGCUUAAUCAAAAAAAGAGUAAAAUUAUUAAUUUGUAUUUGAAUAAUGUUCUUGAGAUUGCAGUGAAAUGAUAAGUUGGUAACAAUGAAGACACAACUUUCAGAAUAUUAAUAAAAAAAUUAUUAUAGUCAGCAGACAACAAGAACUUAGGUCCAUUUUUAAAGUUAUAUAUAAUUUGAAAGAAACUUUUCAGAAAUGAUGUCACAACAUAAUUUUAAUGACUAAAACAAUCAAAAUAUAUCAUGCUAUAGAGAAAUUGGAUUUUAGUUCAUAAUAAUGAAUAAAUAUGAUAUUUAUUAUCAUAAAAUCUGGUCCACGUUUAUAAAGACACUUAUUUCCAUGAAUCUCAUUUUGCAAUGAAAUCCGUCCAUAAUGUAAAAAGUAUUUGAUUGACAUUGUAUGUAUAAGGUUAGACUCAUAUUACGUAUCAAUAAGGAGCCAAGAUGGCCUAAUGAUAGACUGUCAAACAAAAUUGUUGCACUAUUUCGAAUUUGACACGUCUAACCACCACAACGUAUGGAGGAGUGUGAUGGAAUCUCAUAAUUAUUCUCGUAAAAUCGGUGAGGAGGCCUUAGCCCAGUCCAGUGAGAUUUUAUAGGUUAUUGUGCGAUUAUAUAAUAGACUACCAUCAUCGAUAUGUUGUAUCUCAUUACAAACACUGCCAUGGCAAUAGAAUGUGAUGUGAGUCUUAAUGUUAGUUUAUCCCUUUUUAUUAAUUUGAUUAUUUCUUAAGUAUGCAUUUAAUGUUUUAAUAAGUUAAAUUUAUAUAAGUUUUUUAUACUUUAGUUUUAGUUAGAUGCGAAAUUUGUUGCUUAAAUUGUCAUUUAAAGUAUUUAAGAAUUACGUAACAUUAUUUACUUAACCUUUUUAAUUUUUUUUAUAAUUUGUUAAGAUAGGAUUACUUGCAUACAUUUGACAAAUGGCAAUAGAUCGCACAAGUUUUUUGGCUAUGGCAAGGUUCGAUUAGUAAAAUUAUUAAUAUGAGCUUUGUUGUCUAUUAAUAUUUCAUACACUAAACGUAUUCUAAUAGCUACGUUUGAUGUCAAAGAGGACAUCAUACAUGGACUCCCUAUUUUUUAUAACAAUACUGAUACUUAAUGUAAUGAUAUGAAAGCCUUUUUAUAAUAUCAAAAAAAUAUUUUUAUACAACAAAAAUUAAAAGUGCACAUUGACUGUAUGACAUAAGUUUUCUAGUAUUAAAAGUGUAUUUUCGUA